GUCCCGGGGCUCAGGUUGAGCGGCCACCGCUGUCGGGGACGUUAAAUGUCUGCGGCUUUUUGCUGCUUUCCCAGCUCUGGCCUGACCGCACUUGCUUCUUCCGCAUUUUCCUAGGGGUUAGGCUCUGACGUUACGUAUUACGACGGCGGCGGGAGCGAGGAGCAGAGUCGAGUCGAGUCGAGUCAGCCCCUCCUCCUCCUCCCCGCAGCCAUCAAACAACAAAGCCUGAUUGGCAGGGCUAGGCCCGACCCGACCCUCCAGCGCUCGGCCCAGCCAGGAAAGGCUGAGCCUGCCAGCCAGCAAGGGAAGCGAAACGUCCCGAAAUUGGGCCAUCGGCGGCCAGCUUGACUCACCAGGUGAUUCCUUCAUUUAGCUGUACCUGGAUAAGCAUGCCACAAUCGGUGAUUUAUUUCUAUAUACACUGAAAAAUUGUUUUUCGUGAUUUAGCAGUGACUGAUGAAAUUUACAGACCAUGGAUGAAGAUGUAGGAAGGCUUGAACUGCAGCAACAGGAGCCCAAGGUGAUUUUUGAUAACACAGUUCAGGAAGUAACUUCUCAACACAUUGAUGGACACCAUAUUCUUGUAGAAGUUCAAGAAACUGUCUUUGUAGAUUCCACUCUUAAUUCUGGAUCCCACUUUGUAUCUGAUGAUACAGACUCUGUCGUAAUACAGGAUGUCAUUGAAGAUGUUGUUGCUGAAGAUAUUGUUGCUGAAGAUGUACACUGCCCUGAUAUUAUUGAGGAGCCAGAAACCAUCAUUGUUCCCGAACAAGUACUGGACACAGAUGUUGCCACAGAGGAAACCUUGGGCACAGUCCCUGAAGAUGUCUUGGCUUCCGACAUCACCUCAGAGGCUAUGUGUGUAGCAGAACAUGUCCUGACAAGUGACGACGUUUCUGAUAUGGCUGUUGAGCAUGUUGCAGUCACGGAAGCUGAAAUAGUCACAGACACUUUGUCGCCUGAUGUAGAGGAGGUUCUAGUGACAGACCCUACCACAGAGACUGAGAUAGACACACACAAUUUACACGUUCAGAGUCAGGAGACUGUUCCAGUCACCAUUGAGACUCCAGUAGGAAAUAAAGACACCAGUGAGGAUUAUUUAAUGAUUUCCUUGGAUGAUGAUGGAGGAAAGAUUGGGCAUGAAGGAAAUGGUGAACUGAAAAUUGAAAGUGGCCUGUCGGCACAGGGUGACCAUUUAAAAGCAGAUGGUCCUUGUUCUGAAGUCAUUAAAGUUUACAUUUUCAAAGCGGAUGAUGGAGAUGAUGAUUUGGGUGGAACUGUGGAUAUUGGCGAAAGUGAACCUGAUAAUGAUCAUGCAGUUGGAUUACUGGAUCAGGGCAAUGUGGGCAGAAUAUCACGAGAGAAGAUGGUUUAUAUGACUGUUAAUGAUCCCAGCCAGGAGGAUGAGGAUAUGAUGAAUACAACACAACAAGAGGAGAAUUGCUAUCUUCAAACAAGUUGCACUGAUAUUGCAGAUGAAGUUUACAUGGAAGUCAUCGUAGGGGAAGAUGAUGCAACAGUAGGUCAUGAGCAACAAAUUGAAGACACAGACAUUAGCAAAACAUUUGUGCCUGUAGCUUGGGCUACUGCAUAUGGCAACAGUUCUGAUACCGUAGAGAACAAGAAUGGAACUGCCAGCCACCUUCUACAAGCAGAUGGAACAGCUGAGCUUAACAGGCUGGCAAAACCGAAGUCAAGGAAAAGGAGGAGACUUGAAAGUAGACAGUAUCAGACAGCAAUCAUCAUAGGGCCUGAUGGACAUCCUAUAACUGUUUACCCAUGUAUGAUCUGUGGAAAAAAAUUUAAGUCCAGGGGCUUCCUGAAGAGACACAUGAAAAAUCAUCCGGAGCAACUGACUAAGAAAAAGUACCAGUGUACUGACUGUGAUUACACUACCAACAAAAAAACCAGUUUACACAACCACUUGGAGAGCCACAUGCUCAUGAACAAAGUGGAGAAGACCUAUGAGUGUGAUGAAUGUGGCAAGGGGUUUUCCCAUCCCGGAGCACUGGUUUCUCAUAAGUUGGUUCACCGUGAAAAGGGAGCCACGAAGAUGCACAAAUGCAAAUUUUGUGAGUAUGAGACCGCAGAGCAAGGGCUUCUGAAUCGUCACCUCUUGGCCGUGCACAGCAAGAAUUUCCCUCACAUAUGUGUGGAAUGUGGCAAGGGUUUUCGCCAUCCAUCUGAGCUGAGGAAGCACAUGCGAACCCACACUGGGGAGAAACCCUAUCAAUGUCAGUACUGUGACUACAAAUCAGCUGAUGCUUCAAACCUGAAAACCCACAUGAAGACAAAGCACAGCAAGGAUCUGCCAUUCAAAUGUGAGCAUUGUUUGAUGACAUUCACAGAUGCCAAAGAACUGCAGAAACAUGCCAUCAUGCAUCAGGGACACAAGACCCACCAGUGCACACAUUGCGAUCACAGAAGCUCCAACUCUAGUGAUUUGAAGCGCCAUAUUAUUUCAGUCCAUACCAAGGACUACCCUCACAAGUGCGAGGUAUGUGACAAAGGCUUUCAUCGACCCUCGGAGCUUAAGAAACACAUGUCAACUCACAAAGGUAAAAAACUGCACCAGUGUAGGCACUGUGACUUUAAAAUUGCAGACCCUUUUGUUCUUAGUCGUCAUAUUCUUUCAGUUCACACCAAGGAUCUGCCAUUCAGAUGUAAACGUUGUAAAAAGGGCUUUCGGCAACAGGUUGAGCUUAAGAAGCACAUGAAGACCCACAGUGGCAAAAAGGUUUAUCAGUGUGAGUACUGUGAGUAUAGCACUACCGAUGCUUCAGGCUUUAAACGACAUGUUAUUUCGAUUCACACAAAGGACUAUCCGCAUCGUUGUGAUUACUGCAAGAAAGGCUUCCGAAGGCCUUCAGAAAAGAACCAGCAUAUCUCGCGACAUCAUAAGGAUGCUGUUUUAGUUGAGGGGUUACCAUGAACUAUUUUCAAGUUGGGAAGCAGCUGCUUCAAGUACAUCCAUUGUACAAUAAAUAACAUUUGUGUACAUUCAUUGUUAAAGACUCAGAAGUUAAGUUCAUUCUGAUAAUUGAACUAACUUUUCCCCUCUCCGUUUGUAUUGUGUCAUAGAUUGGAGAUCUAGCCUAAAUUGAAAAGGUAUAUGUCCUCUGACCUAGAAAUCCAUUAAAUGGACAUUUUUUGCAACGUGGUGUCAGCUCUUAAGAGAUGAAUGUAAUAAACUAGUUGCAACCAAUCAGUUACAGUUUUUGAUCCCUGCCAUUAUAUAAUUACUGGACCCAAAAUUAGCUAUUUUCUACGAGUACAAUUUAGCUUCAGAUUAAUUAUUGAUGGCAAAUGUGGUCCUUUUAUUAGUUUGUAUCAUUGCUCAGUUUUGUUGAAGUGCUACAGUUUUAUGUGCUUGCUUGCUUACUGGCUGAAAUCCAUGUUAUCAGCACAUCUUUCUGUAUUUUGAAAUUUCAUUUGGUGUUAGGCUGUAGUUAUAUUUUUCCAUUUGCGCUCCUGAUGCUGCAGUGUAUUAUGGUAAUAGUAUGUUUUCAGUCACUAUCUGGAUUUAAAUUUUUAUUACAAUUUCAUCUUUUUAAAACGAGGAGAAAAAUCUUCACUGGCGUAACCUUGAGACUAAAGGCCUCUGCCUGACUGCAUUUUACCUGUUUUUCCAAAUGUGCUUCAUUCCUCUGUGUCAAGUGUGGUCUAGCAAUGCAUUGUUGUGGCAGAAUUCUCUCAGCUAAUUGAGUUUUCCAUAUAUUGUGUAAAAGAAAAAAGACAUCGCUCAUGUUUUUACAAGUGUACACAUUUUUCCAGAAUUAUAUUUUGCCAAUGUCUUUAUCUUGUAAAAAUAAAACAAAUAGCGCUAUAUGUUUUUUAAAAAAAAGUUCUGUGCUUUCUGUAGUAUACUGCAGCUUAAUCUUAAAUUAGCAGUUUAAUGUAAAAAUAUGUACGUAUUAGUAUCUGUUCUGCAUGAGCUGCAAAAACUAUAUUUUAAGACAAAUAACUCCAGAUAUAUGGGGUAUCCUGCUUUACACGAUGUACCUCUGUCUGACAAUAAAUGCAGAGGGGGCGGGAGUGGGUGUGGGGAGGUGUGUGGAGAGAAACAGACUGGUGUUUUCUUCCUAACUAAAUCUUUAUAACACAAAUACAAAAUUAAAAUGAUGCAACUUUUAAAGCUUUGAGAAACCAGUGUUGGGUAAAAUACAAACUGAAGUAAUCUUCUGAAGCAAUCUUCAAAUACAGUUUAUUCACUUGGAAAACUUGAUAAAAUGAGAAAAUUGCAGUAUAAUUCAGGAAUUUCAGGUUUGUAUAUUUUUUGAGCUUUAAGACAGUGUCCUACUUCUAAGUUCUACAGCAUUCUGCAAGAUUUGAAAUGUAAUAAAUUGGCCUCUGAUGUAUAUUAGCAACGUAUAAAUGGCAUGUAAAUUGAAAUAAACUUCAAAUGGAAGAGCUGCAACUUAUUAUGUAACUGACAAAACUCUUAAUUCCUCUACAUGUUCUCAAGGCAUUAGACAUCUUUGGCUGAAAAUGGGGGAACAGACAUUAUUUAAAAGAAAAUACGAUACAAGAGAACAUUCCAUUGCUGUAAAAGAAGUUUUGGAAGCGCAGGGAUUAACCAUAAUCAAAAUUCUUCAGAAACCAGUCAUCUAAUUUAAAGCAGUGUAUUUAUUCUUGAGAAAAUAGCUUUUAAACAAUAAAUUUGUUUGAAAUCAUUCCAGAAUGCUUUGGUCUAUGAGGAUUGAAAUUUUUAAAAACUUUAAUCUUUGCAAUUUAACCCCCUCCUUUCCUUACUAUAAAAUACACAGCAUAAACUCUGCUGUUAUUUAUUUGGAACAUGCUUGAAAAACAGAUUUUGCAGUGCACUGAAGUUGAUCCUAAGUAGCAGUUAUGUAAAUGUUCUAUUAUUUCAUUUGGCUAUCUUCAGCUUCCUCCCAUUCCUUUUAAAUUAAUGUGAGCCUAAUAUUGCAACAAUCUCCAGUCUCUCUGUUUUGUGCUUUGUAAGGAAAAUUCAUUAGCGCCAUUAUAUCCACUGCACCUGAAUGAAAUUUAGUUGCGUUAUUGUCUUGUGAAAAACACAUUUGGCAUUAGCUGUUCUGAUAUUAGGAACUUAUUAAAAAGAAAAUACUUUUCUAACUGUACACUGACAACAGAUGCUGUGCUAUUGGUCAAGCUUGAGCAUUCCUCAUUAUACUUGUUGUGCCAGAGGCUAUGGUGCAGACCUUCUUCAGAACUGCCUGGUGCUGCUCCAGUUUAUUAAGACGUUCAGAGGAUAAUGAAAAAAUGAUGAAGAUGGGGCAAUAAGAGAAAAUGUAUAUGUUUAAAAAUUUAUUUAAAAAGUAAAAGACAUUAAACUGUAUUAAAAAUGUUAAUAGUUGCUUAUUGUGCGGACAUAAUUGCAUUAUGAAAAAGGAUUUUAGCUGUUAAACAAUUGAAUUGUUUAAUAGAUUUGAUCAGUUUUGAGGGAAUUGGAGGAAAUUUUUGAAUAGGUGCAGGAUUUUUUUUUACUGGGAUAAAAUGUAAAGUGUUCAAAAAAUGCCAGCUGACUUGAGAAGGAAGUUUUAUGUCCCUGUGCCUGUAAACAAAACCAUCCUCUGUGACAUUAUUGUACUUAACAAUGUACUUCAUAUAAUCUGUAAACAAAUAAAAUUCAGAUUAUUUUC